GGACGCCCUCUACGUCGUCAACAUGUCGGCUGCGCGUGCGGUCCAGAGCGUUCGACCUCAUAUACCACUGAUCAAGUUCCGCUUUGUCAAAGGACCGUUGGGUUCAACAGGUGCUUCCGGAGCAUCCAAGGCACAGUCCAACUCAAGCACUUCAAAGGUGGGCACUAGAAGAGGUGACAGUAUAGAAUUCACGGCCCUGCCACCCAAGUACUGGAGGAAAGUGAUCACAGAAGAAGAGAUGGAUUACAUCAAUAGAGGAGGCCCAGAAUACAUCUAAGAGUGACGCACCACAGUUAGUCAGCGCAUCUCAGCUUCCUUCAAGCGUGCAUCGCCAUACCCGUGAUGAUGUUAACCCCUGAUUUACAGGACCAUUGGGUUACCUCGCAUCGAUGGAGUCAGACUGAUGAAUCUAUUCAAUGUUGUAAUCCGUGCUAUUCAUAUGAUCGAAAAGGGGAGGGGGAGAUUUAUUGUUUGGUUGAGUUCCUUUCUCAUGUGAUUGAAACUGACUUGGGAGUAAAUAAGCUUUUUUGAGAUGUAAGGUUCACUAGAAUACCUUGGUUACCUCCAAUCUCUCCAAAACUCUAUCUAUGCAGAAUUAGACAAGAUCCAACACUCUGUUUCCUUGUCAUUUCUUUCCAUUGGACUUGGGAAAUACACAGAGAGACUAUGGUUGCACGGGCUGAUGGAAACAAGGGGAUCUUGGGAGAAUAUUUCCCUCCUGAAACAGUUAUCCGCUCCUCUGUAUCUCAUUCGAUGCAGCAAACUCCACACUGGGUUCUGAGCUAGUGCAACAAAAAUCACGUAUUUAGCUUGUAUUCUUUUGGCUUAAACAAGUAGCUUGUCUUCAUCGGAAGAUAGCAUCAGAAGACGAUUGAGGCUUGUUCCGUGAACAUUUCUGACACUCGAUGUGGUGUAAGGUUGUACAUAAAUGUACAGUGCAUGCUUAAAAGUUGCAUACUUGUGGAGCUCACAGUUCUGUUUGCAUGAAGCAGCUUGGGGAGUUCCUGGCUUGAAACCCCAACCUUUUAUUCAAAAGUCCCUGGGAUUUGGAAAGAAAUCCACAUUCGAGAAAGAUAGGCCCUGGCCACUAGUAUUUUCAACGGGGCUCUGUGCCCCAUGAAAGUGUGAAGAAUGAGUCACAAUGCACAACCGCAGAUUUUUGGAGACAAAUUCACAGAGGUUCCUUUCCCAAACCAAGAUAGUAAGAAUCUAGUUAUCUGUACCAUUCUAUACAUACAUAUACAUACAUAUGCUACCUCCUUUCAGUGUGUUCAGGCAUUCACAUUCAGUGAACAGUGCAAUAUGUCUUCAAUACAGGUUUCAUUCCAUCUGGGGCAAGUGAAGGUCUGACAAGUGACUUAGGGGUUUAAUUGGGGGGUAUUUGAAGUGAAAUUGAGAUACCUACAUGGGCUAUUUUUCAUAGAAUACACCUGUGAACUGAUGACGUCACACUCUCUUUACAUGUAGACUUCCUUUGGAGCCAGUAAGAGCUAAGGGUCCUCCGAGCACCAUAGGAAAGCGAGCACUUAAACAAAAGUGUGGCGUCAUCAGUACAGUGGUCCAUUGCAAAGUCCACUUUUUUAGGGGCAUAAAUGCAUCUUAUGAAGAUAAAGGCAUAUCACUUGGAGGUUCCCACUUGAAGUUGAAUUUGCGGUCACACGUCCAAGAAUGGUAACUACAAAUAUGAUAAGUAAUGACUACGUGAAAAGCGAUAAAAAGAGGACGUCUGUUCUGUUUUAUAAAUGGAUUUAAAUGUUUUAUUUGUACAAAUAAUUUACGUUAAUAUGAAGCAUGUGGUAUAAAAAUAUGCAAGUGUUUAAUAAAAUGCUGUUUAGCUUGCUUGUGUUAAA